AUGUCCCUUAGCUCCGCCUUCCAGACGCUGCGCCUCCAGGCGAGGUCCGUCUCCUCGAGUCCGCUCUCGAGAAGCGUCUGCACCCAGUCCAAAUCGGCGACAGCGACCGGUGGUGGUGCUGUGAAGGCUGCCAGAGCCGCUCCUGCUCAGCCACACGCCCCACACCAAUCUGUGGACCUGGGCGUCGCCGGACCUUCGCGGUGCUUUUGCUCUUCGCACGGGCGCAACAAGGCAUCCGAAGUGCCGCUUGAAGAGCUUCAUUUCGAGGCAGCGCUCGACGACUACCGACAUGAACAGCUUUCGGCCACCCAUGCCGGCUACUGGCAGCCUGCCGAGUCUGCUGGAGCAGCAAAUCGUCCAUACAACACACACGCGCAUACGACAAGGCAUUCGCAUAGAGGCAAAUCACCAAGCUCUGCGCCACCAAUACCUCCCCAACUGCUCGCUUCCAACGUGCGCAACGAACUCCAGACCCUUGCCGACAACAACUUCUUCACUCCAGCCACGCAGCGAGUCGCAGCAGACCAUGCUGCCACAUUGCAGCUUCCCGACAAUAAUACUGCAUCGAGGCCCAACACAUUGACUCCGCCAUCCUACGUCGACAGCUUACCAACGUCCAAACGAGAUGCGUUUGAAGCUCGGCUGCGAGUUCUCACGCAUUCGGGCGAGUUCUCCAUGCCCGCACUCGCCGCCGAGUUGGGCGAUCUGUGCGCGCAGGACCGCGAGCAGGUGUGCUGCCACAUCAUGACAUUCUGCAUCCACCAAGAUCUAGAUGCUCGCCGGAUCUGGGACCUUUAUUUCACGUGGUCCUCCAUGCCGCAAGCCAAUCCUGCCGUUCCCUCGGGUCCAAUGCGGAGUGUGCUGCGUCGCAUGCAGGAAGACGCCGUCUUCCGGUGCUGCGACUACAUCACAGCAGCCCGUAUGACCCACCAGGCAGCCGUCGUCGCCGGCGAUGCUCGCCUCAGACCUUCCCAGUCGCGUCACUUGGUCGAGCAGCUCGUCCUCAACUUUCGCAUUUCGUCAUCCCUUGUCAACCAUGAUCGAGCCUACACCGCCGCCGACGAUGAUGCCCAGCCGGCUGCUCGUCCAGCUCUGGUUCUUGUCACCCGCCCGGCGGUGUGUGCGGUGACCGACGUCAUGGUGAACCUCAUGGUCGAUGGCGUGGCGUUCAAACGCAAGACGCUCAAUCGUGUCUUCAAGCUGCUCUGCGUGACGCAUGCGCAUGAUCGCUUGGUGCGCCUGGUGCGUGCCGCGCAGCGACGCGCGCAGAUCGACCUGGCUGCGAAGCGUGCAGGCAGGCGCCAAGCUGAUGAGCUUAGGGCUGCAGGUGGCUUCUCACGCUUGCGCACCGAGGCCACUCCCUUGCCGCAGGUGCUAUCGACCGUGGUGGUGGAAGAGUGCAUGUGGUUGCUCUGCGCACAGAACGCCAAGGCUGCGAGCACGGCGUACGAGGUGCUGUGCACGCUCGACCCGGAGCAACGCACAGCGGACAUGUACGAUGCGCUCAUGACGGUGUACGGCAACGCUCCCAUUCUCACGAACAGCGAUGCAGCGACCGACACGGUGUCGAUUGGCAGCACACAAGCUGACGACAAGUCAGACCCGUCGGUCCACGCGUGUUCGAUGGUGGACGCCGAACUGUGGCACGACAUCAACACGGUGCGCCACGUGGCCGGGCCAACGCUGCGCACGAUGUCGUCGCGCAUCAUCUGCCACGCGCGCACACGGCGGCUCGAGCUGAUCAAGUCGGACCUGCACUUUAUGCGCGCUUCGGGGAUGGGGGGCUUGCUCGACCUGAGCGAGGCCGCGCGUCUGGCUGUGGUGCGCUGCCACAUCAAGCGCGGUGAACUGCUGCAGGGCUACCGCCACGCUUCGACCCUGCUGGCUACGCAGCCGGACGAGGGGAUGCAGGAGCGCAUCGUCCACACGCUGCUGCAAGCUGCGCAGCACGUCCGCGUCGUGUCGGGGACCGGCAGAUCGGUCCCGUCGCGCGCCGGCAUGCUCGAGCGCUUCCUGCGGCACUUUUCGCGGCUCCAUCGACGCUUCCCGGCGCUGCAUCCGUCGAGCGAGAGUCUGAGGCUGUUCGUGCAGCUGCUCGACUCGCACUCGGACUGGAUCUCCACCGACACGCUGUGGAAGAUGCUGCGCACCACCUCGGCGAACCUCGGCGACGACGACGCGCGCAGCGCACCCGUGCUCGAAGCGUUUGCCGCCGUCUUUCACAACCGCGGCGAGGUGGCCUCGGCACAAGAGCUUCGUGCACUCGUACAAACGCGCACCCACAAGCCUGUCUGA